CAUUCUUCAUUCUUCCGAACGGAGUUGAAGAGUUAACACGUAUUUUGCAAAGAGACCAGUUUUUACUUAAUUCCUAUGUCCGCUUCAGGAGAAGAACGAAACGAAGAGCAAUGGGUCGGCGAGACUAAAAAUGGCCCUAGUGAAUCAAAUGAACAACCACCCUCGUACAAUGGACCCGCGGGCAUGGAUCCCGAUGGUAUCAUCGAGACGAACUGGGAUGUCGUCGUCGAUAAUUUCGAUGACAUGAAUUUGAAGGAAGAACUUCUUCGAGGAAUUUAUGCUUACGGUUUUGAAAAACCAUCUGCGAUUCAACAGCGUGCCAUCUUGCCCUGCGUCAAAGGUCACGAUGUCAUCGCCCAGGCUCAAUCCGGAACUGGCAAGACUGCUACGUUUUCCAUUUCUAUUUUACAACAGAUCGAUACUAAUCUUAAUGAGUGCCAGGCCUUGAUUCUUGCGCCAACUCGUGAACUUGCUCAGCAGAUCCAGAAAGUGGUGAUCGCCCUCGGAGAUUUUAUGCAUGCGCAGUGUCAUGCAUGUAUCGGAGGAACCAAUGUCCGCGAAGAUAUUCGCAAAUUGGAAACGGGCGUUCACGUUGUGGUUGGAACACCCGGCCGAGUAUUUGACAUGAUCAGCAGACGGGCUCUCCGUGCCACCAGCAUCAAGCUUUUCGUACUCGAUGAGGCCGAUGAGAUGCUUUCUCGUGGUUUCAAGGAGCAAAUUCACGAUGUAUUCAAGCUACUUCCUGCAGAAGUUCAGGUUAUCCUGUUAUCCGCGACAAUGCCCGCUGACGUAUUGGACGUGUCGCAGUGCUUUAUGAGAGCGCCAAUUCGUAUCCUGGUGAAAAAGGAGGAGUUGACCCUGGAGGGUAUCAAGCAGUUCUUCAUUUAUGUUGAGCGAGAGGACUGGAAGCUGGAGACGCUCUGCGAUUUGUACGACACACUGAGUAUAACGCAGGCCGUAAUCUUUUGCAAUACGCGUCGCAAGGUCGACUGGCUCACCGAGAAUAUGCGCAAUCGUGAUUUCACAGUGUCGGCAAUGCACGGCGACAUGGAGCAGCGAGAGCGUGACCUCAUUAUGAGACAAUUUCGCACCGGCUCGUCCCGAGUCUUGAUUACCACUGAUCUUUUGGCUCGCGGUAUCGAUGUCCAACAAGUAUCCCUCGUCAUUAAUUAUGACCUUCCCUCGAACCGAGAAAACUACAUUCAUCGUAUUGGACGUGGUGGUCGUUUUGGUCGUAAGGGAGUUGCGAUAAACUUUGUCACAGCGGACGACAAGCGAACAUUGAAAGAUAUCGAGACAUUCUACAACACCCAUAUCGAUGAGAUGCCAAUGAACGUUGCCGAUCUGAUCUAGAUAUCGUCGAGCGACAGCUAAAAUUGAUUGUAAUAAAAACAAAAUAAACAGUAAGUGAAAAACAAAACGAGAAGCUAUCAGCUGAUCCUAUGGUGUGUGUGUGUGUGUUUGGAGUAUUUACAGAGUGUGAAAAUCGGUGGUGAAAGAACCAACAACAACAACAAUAAUAAUAAUAUUAUCGCUCGCGCCUCUCCUCGUGUGCUGCGAUUAUUUCGAGGAGAAAACAUUUUUCUCUUCCACACGGACAACGGCGGUUUUCUCACAGAAAUUCUUAGUUUGUUUCUAUAAUAGGAAAAAUAAAAACGUUACGCGCGCGCGCGCGCUCGUUUGUCGGUUGGUUGGGUGGCUUCUUCUUCGCUCUUGUUAUUAUUAUUAUUACUAUUAUUAUUAUUAUUAUUAUUAUAUCGCUACGACCACCUACUGCUAUAGCUACCAUUACUAUCGAUAUCUUUGGAAUAACUCUACAUUAAUUAUUAUUACUACAACUACUACUAUAUAUAGCUCUAUUCAGAUUAGUAUUAAUCAUUAAUUUUUUAUUUUUUUUUUUUUUUGAACACACUAGCUAAACUCGACUAAUUCGACGUUAUAAAGAAAAAAAGCAACAAAAAAAAAAAAAGGGGGCGGUUGAAGCGGCACAUUAUUUUUCACAAUGGGUCGUCGUCAAGAAGAGGAUAAUUUAGCUGAUCCAACAACAACAACAAUAGCAAGUUGCUCUUCUUGUUGUUCUUCGCAAUUCCCUUUUUCCAUCCUGACGAAUUUUCUUGUUUCCUGUAUACUUAAAAUUCUCGUAGUACCGUUUUUGAUUCCUUCCAUUUCAGCGGAAGACGACGCGUUCAUUGUAUACUACUUUAAUUACUCGCGAUCGACGCUCGACAAUUUUUUUUCGAUACUUUUAUUACCUCGACUGCGACACGUUUGUCUAGGCAGAGGUUUAGUGGGAUAUUGGAGAGGUUAUUUCAAUCAUAAACGAUCUCGAAGGCGAUAAUUGUGUCUUGUCUGUGACUCUCGCGAGAUUUUUAAGGGGACAAAAUUUUUCUAUACGUAUUUUUUAUUCAGUAUUUUUCCUUUAUUUUGUGUGUUUUUUUGUUUUUCUGUCUUUAUUAUUUUUUUUUUUUGUUUGUUUUCUUGGCUCUUCCAAUAAUUCUGUACAUAAAAUCUCUGACUGGACGAAACAAAGACGCGAAAAAUAGAAAAUGGUAUUUGUAUCUCUCUUUAAGUCUGUUAGAACUUGGAGCAUAGAGAUUAAAACAUUAAAGUGUGUCUUAUUUGUAUUUCCAGGCAUUUUUGGGCAGUCCGGAAGUGGGGGAGAUGAUUUGGAAAUAAAGACCGAAUUUCCUAGUUGAAAUGAAAUGAAAAAAAAAAAUGAUAAUGAAAUAAAAAAAAAUGAAAAUGUUUAAAUUAAAUGACCCUUCUAACACACUCCUUGCCCGGUAUUUAUAUUAUACACCGUUGUUUUAGUCUCUGUAUUGUAAAUUAAUUUUAUCGGCCGCAGGGAAUAAUGCCCGUUCGCUCGGUUGUUUUAUACUUUUGUCAAUAAAACCAUUUUCAAACUAUCGGUUCUUGUAUCUUUCUUGAAAGUUGGAUUUUUGACAUUUUCGCGUGAAUAGUGACGAAAAUUGACACGUUUUUUAAAGCUGCCUUUUUUUUCAAUGGAUGAGAACUUUAGAGAGAUAAAAAUAUCAAUUGUAUCAUUGUGACAAAGGCAAGUUUUUGUUGUUAACGUGCACACCCUUUUUUUUCUUUUUUUUUUUUUUGUUAAUUCAAGUGUGUCAAAUUUUUAGUUUACGUUACUUUUUAUAUGAAAUAUUUUGUUCUCGCAGGACGAAACAAGAACUUUUUGGAAUUAUUAUCAGGUCGAAGGCGUCGACUUUAGGUUUUGAAGAUAAAAAGAUGAAUGCUAAGUCGUUGAGAGACUGAAAAUUAGAAGAGACCCUUUUUUUUUACUUGAAUUCGGAAUUUAUAUAAUUGCAUCAAAUUCUGCUCUAUUGAGCGAAUAUUUUCGUUAUUAUAGAAAGUCGAUGCUUUCUUCUUCUGGUAUACUAGGAUAAAUUAUCUAGUUAUAGACAAAAUAUUCGCACAGUCGUUUUGUUGUGUUUUUUUUUAAGAAAUUGGGAAAUAUAAUGUAAAUUUUUUAAUGGGUUGGAGGAAAACAUUGAAAUUAUGAAUCAGCA